AUGUCCAGCACGCCAAAACUUACUACCCAAACCCACGCACAAUACUCUGAUCAAGAUGGAUUCCAACAGCUCACUACACAAAUAGAUUCAACUAUAACCAAUUUAAAACAAAAGAGGGAUUAUUUACAGGACCAAUUAGUUCAAUUUGAGUCAGUUCAUCAAGGUUUGAAAGCAUCUGGUGAUUCAACAACCCCAAUUAAGUUCCAGUUAGAUGAUGGGACGAUGAUUGAAAAAACCAAAUCGGAAGCAAUCGAAUUUCUUGAUAAAAGGGUUACUGAAAUUAAAGAGGCAUUAACACAGUUUAACACCAAAAUAAAUGAAGCAGAAUCAACGAAGGAGAAAUUGAAUCAAUAUAACCAGUUUGUACAAGAAGGUGGCAAUCAUGAAGAUUUACAACAGGAUAAGUUGAAUGAAGAAGGGCUUCCCUUUGUUGAUAUUCAGGAAGAGCUUGAUGAAGACGGGAAUGUGAUAAAUGUUGAAUUUAAAGAUGUUCAAAAGGAUACUGCUAUUGAUAAAAGCCAGAAUAAUACUCAUGAGACUCCUAAAGUUGAAAUGUUAGAGGAAAAGAUAGACGAGACAAAGAAACUUGACAAGAUUGAACAAUCUGAAAAUGAUGAAUUUCAGGCGUUGCUUGAAGAUAUGGAAAUUAUUUCUAAGGAUAAAAAGGCACAAGAACUAAAUUUUGAUCAAGAUGAUUUAUUGGACAAAAUAGACAAAUUGCAAAUCAGUGCUGAGGAUAAAUUUAAAUUGAAACAAGUCUGUGUUGAAGAGUUUAAGAAUUUAGAGCCAGAACACGACACCGGUGAUAAAAUAGAAGAAAAUAGUGGCGGUGAUAAAACUAUUGGUAAUUUUGAGAAUCUUGCUAUUGAUAAGAAUGAUUUGAUAGAGUUGGAAUUAUUAGCAGAUGAUUUUGAUGACUCGGAGACUUUUCAGGGGGAACAUUACGACGAUGAUGAAGAAUGGGAUUAUGAGUUUGAUGAAGAAGAAGAAGAAGAAGAUGAUGAUGAUAUUGCAGAUGAAUUAUUGUAUGGUGGAGGCAGGGCCAAGAUUAUUGGAAGUGACGAAAAAUCAAACAAUAUGUUAUGGGAUCAAAUUAUAAAUCUAAGAAAAAACAAACUUGUUGCUACUGAUAAAGUAGCUGAUGAGAUUGAAGAAAACGCAGGUAACGAGAAGAAACCUAAAGCAGUCAGGUUUGCUGAGCACUUGGAUAUCAAUGAAGUGGAGAAUAUUAGUGAGAGUUUGAGGAACCCACCACCAGAAACUGCUAAAAUAUCUUUGUUUAAGCAAAACCGGAUGACUGCACAACAUAAAAAUAGAACACAAGAAAUAAAGGAGACUGUUGAAAAUGAUUCAGUCAUGACAGAUGUUUCCGAAAACGAUGUGAUGAGUGACAUAGUUGAAAAAGAGCCAGUGAUGACGGAUAUAAUUGAAAAAAAUGAUGAUAAUGAUGAUGAGAUAGUUGAUAGUGGUGGCGUUGUCGAAAGCACUAUUAUUGAGCACGAGCCUGUUGCCACAGUAAAUGAACCUACACCAGAAGUUAGGACAGGCACUGUAUCACAAAAACCAGUUUCCAGAUUCAAAGCAAUGAGAUCUAGUAUUCCCUCGAAGAAUACUGAGAAAUUGAAUUCUCAAGCACCUGCGAAAAUUCCUAUACCUGGUAAUGCAGAGAACGAGGCAGAACCUCUGGAAUCAUCGACGAGUUUGUCGGUUUCGGAAUUACGGGAUUUACAACUGGAUAUGGACAAAAUGGCUCAAGCUUAUGUUUCAGGGAUGUACGAUGAUGAUAUAGUUACUGAAGGGCCAGUAGUCCACAAACUAGAUGAUUUUGAAACUUUGAAUAAAAUGGUAGAGGCGAAAAAACAAGACAAUGAAGAGUUGGGAAUACAAGAGCAUGAUGCUGUAUCUAAUGAAGUGGGAAUGGAAAUUGACGAAGAAGAAGAAGAAGAUGAUGAUGAUGAUGAUGAAGGCCCAAUUUUAGUAGAUGAAAUUGUUGAAAAUGAAUUGGAUGAAUCAAACGGAGUUUUCAAUGACGAAGUAAUUUUGGAUCGAGAAAUUCGUGAGAAUUAUCAUAAAUUACGCAAUAAAUUAAUAUUAGAUCAGAAUGGGUUCAAAAAAACGCAACAGGAAUUGGAAAUGGAGCCCGUAGAUGAGGAAGGUAAUCCAAUUAAAAUAAGUAGGUUCAAAGCUGCAAAAAUGAAUCGUGGAGGUUUAUCUUAG